UCUGCUCCGCUCCCCCUUUCUCUCUCUCUCUCUUUCUCUCUCUCUUUCUCUCUCUCUUCUCUGUCCGUGUGUGUGCGUGUGUGUGAGAUCCCCACCCACCCUGUCCUCGCCACAAGCCUCCGUGUCUCCACACUGCGAAGACCAUCCUCCUCCAGCACCUGCCGGCGUGCGCAGCAGCUUCCUUCUCCUCUCGCCGCCUCCUUCCUUGCCGACAGCGUCGUUCUUUCUGGAGCUUCUCGCGCGUCUCCUGCCUCCCUGCCGCCCCGGGACUGGACUGGAGGAUCUUCAGGUGUUUUGCGUUCUAAAUCGCGAAGCAUUUCUAAAUCACGAUGCGGCCGCCGCCGCUGCUCCGUUUGCCCUAAAAGAGGCGGGAUGAAGAAGGGGGCGCGCCCGGCGCGUCUGGAUCGCAUCCCACUCGACGGACCACCGAGAUCCUCCCAGACACUCAGGCGAUGCUCUUCUCGCGCGGUGACACAUCUCUGAGACCCUUCGGACGGAUCCCUGUGUUUGGUACCACUCCCGCCACCACCACCACCACCCCUCUCCCCGCGCGCCCCCCACACACACUGGCUGGUGUCGCCAUGGUGAUCCGCCGCGAUCCCCCCGUCUCCGUCUCUGUCUCCGUGGCGCGCGCACCCUAGACGGGCGGUGCGCACUUUCCGAGGAGCACCCCCCCCACACCCCUCCACCCCUCGCACCCCCCACGUCUGUGCGAGAAGGAUCGGGAGAUGUUCUCCAUCCAGCCGGACUAAGGAGCACCUCCCCGCCGGCCUGCGCGCGACAGGAGCUCGUCCUCAGGUGAGCCCUCGCUGACGGAGCCGCGAUCUCGCGCCCGGAUCAUGGCAUGCGGCUCAUGCUGGAUCAGUAGCGAAAAUGGGCAUCAGGUCCAGGAAUGUUGGUAGCGCCUCGGAGGAGCAGCGGGACAGGAAGGCGGCCCUGCCCGGGGACCUGGACCAGGGAGCCGGGCCGGACAAGGACGGGGCGCUGCUGCUCGUCGCUCCGGGCAGAGACGACUUCAAGCGCGGAUCGCAAGGCAUCGGACUGCUGGCCAAGACCCCCCUGGGCUACAGCCGCCCCGUGAAGAGGAACAACAUCCGCGCGAGGCGCGUGCAGAACCUCAUCUACGAUGCGCUGGAGAGACCGAGAGGAUGGGCGCUGCUCUACCACGCCUUUGUGUUUUUGAUUGUGCUCGGGUGCCUGAUACUGUCCAUCUUAGCCACGUUCAGGGAGCACGAGACCGUGUCGGCCUACUGGCUGGUCAGACUGGAAACCAUCACCAUCUUCAUCUUCGGGGGGGAGUACGCCCUGCGGAUAUGGGCGGCCGGGUGCUGCUGUCGCUACAAAGGAUGGAGGGGCCGCCUCAAAUUUGCCCGGAAGCCGCUCUGUGUUUUAGACAUCUUCGUGCUGAUCGCUUCCGUGCCGGUGGUGGUGGUGCGAAACAACACCAACGUGUUGGCCACCUCCCUGCGGAGUCUGCGCUUCCUGCAGAUACUGCGCAUGUUGCGCAUGGACCGCAGGGGAGGCACCUGGAAGCUUCUGGGCUCCGCCAUAUACGCGCACAGCAAGGAGCUCAUCACAGCUUGGUACAUUGGCUUCCUGUCCCUCAUCCUGGCCUCCUUCCUGGUCUACCUGGUGGAGAAGGACGAUGUCACCACGGAGCGGCCUGAAGGCGAGAGCCCAACUGGUCAAAACAAGUUGCAGGAUUUUGACACCUACGCCGAUGCGCUCUGGUGGGGCUUGAUCACCCUGACGACCAUCGGUUACGGGGACAAGACCCCCAAGACGUGGGCUGGCAGGCUGUUGGCCGGUACCUUCGCCCUCAUUGGCGUGUCCUUCUUUGCACUGCCUGCGGGUAUCCUGGGAUCCGGGUUGGCGCUCAAGGUCCAGGAGCAGCACCGACAGAAGCACUUCGAAAAGCGGAGGCACCCGGCCGCGGGACUCAUCCAGUCUGCGUGGCGCUACUACUCCACCAACUGUGCCCGCGAGGAUCUCAUCGCCACCUGGAGGUUCUAUGAAACGGUCAUCUCGCUGCCAUGUUUCAGAAAGGAGCAUUUCGAAGCAAUGGCAAGCCAAAAGCUGAGCCUGCUGGAGCGGGUGCGACUGUCCAACCCCAGGGCCGCCGCCGUGGUUAAGGGGAAGCUACUGGCACCCGUCAACCCCGACACCAUCGAGGAAGGGCCCUCCAAGGAGCCCAAACCGGCCGGCUUCAGCAACCGGGAGAGGUUCCGCACCGCCUUCCGCAUGAAGGCCUACGCCCUGCGGCAGAGCUCUGAAGAUGCUGGAGCGCCGGCGGAGCCCUCGUGUGAAGACAGGGGCUUUCCUCCUGACAUCCUCCUCGAAGAGAUGAUCCCCACGCUGAAGCUGGUCAUCAGAGCCGUCACGAUUAUGAAAUUCCUCCUGAGCAAAAAGCGUUUCAAGGAGACUCUAAGGCCUUAUGACGUCAAGGAUGUGAUCGAGCAGUACUCUGCGGGGCAUUUGGACAUGCUCAGUAGAAUCAAAUACCUCCAAACACGGAUAGACAUGAUUCUAGCCCCUGGCCCCCCGUUGACUCCUAAACACAAGAAGCCCCAGAAGACCCCUUUUCCGUACCCCACCCAGCAGUCGCCCAGACAUGAGUCCUACCUAGCCAAAGCGUCCAUGCCUGAGGCUGAAGACCAAAGCAUGAUGGGAAGAUUCGUCCGAGUUGAGAGACAGGUGGAGGACAUGGAGAAGAAGCUGGACUUCCUGGUGGACAUGCACAUGCAGCAUAUGGAGCACCUGCAGGUGGACUCCGGCGGCUCUGCUCAGCUCACCCUAGGCGACCCGCACGGUGGAGGGCCCUGCCCUGGUGACAAGGAGGACCACAGAUAUAUGGAGAUCCGCCGGGUCUUCUUCAACUAUGCGGAGGCCUGCCCCCACAUGUCCUACCAGGUGCCCAUCAGCAAGGUUACCCCCUACUACAACUUCCAGCAGGAACGGAGCGGGACGCUGCCGCCACCCGUGCCCACCUACACAGAGCGACCCACUGUACUGCCCAUCAGCUCGCUCCUGGACACUGACCGCAGGGGCUUCGGGGUAGAGGCCCGGAGUCCCUGCCUGGACGGCCCCUCCCCGGGCCAGGGUCGGACCUUGGGGCGGGACACGGACACACCUCUCUCCCUGCUGUCCGUCAACCACGAGGAGCUGGAGCGCUCGCCCAGCGGGUUCAGCAUCUCCCAGGAACGGGAGGAUUUGACUUUCGGCACGGCGGGAGGAGGCGGAGGGGCCGGGGCAGGGGGCGGGGCCGGGGGUGGCGCCGGUUGGAUGAAAGAGAAGCGCUACUUGGCCGAGGGCGAGACAGACACAGACACGGACCCCUUUACCCCCAGUGGGCCCCUCCCCCUCUCCUCAACGGGAGAGGGCUUCCCCGAAUCGGUAUGGAACACGCCUCCCUAGUCCCAGCCGAGGCAACAAAAAACAAAUAAAUUAAUCAAUACAUCAAUUAAUAAAAAUGGGCUGGAACUGGCCUCUGAUGACGUGAUAAAAGUAGAAGAAAACGAAACAGCCACCGUGUGUAAAGUAUACAGACUUUGUACAGAGCACUCAUUGCGAAACACUGCAAGGAAAAAAUAAAAUCACCCAAAGCUUUAUCGCUGCAAAGCAAAGAGCACUGCAUGGGAUGCAUGCAAAUUUUAGUGGUAGACACUGCGAAGUUCAGGUAACGGGAAAAAAAAAAAAGAAAAAAAAAAGAGAAACAAAUUCUAUCGAACACAUUUAAAUGCUAUGCCAUUUUUGUAGACCUUAUUUUUUGAAAAGAUACGACAUUUUACGAGUUUUUUGUGCAUGGUUUGCAUGAGGCCGCACCAUUUCGGAAAGGUUGGGCCGAACCUCUCCGGACACAUUUCUCCAGCUUUAUUCUGCAGUACAUUCAUUGUUUGUGUGGCUUCGUGUGUUCGGGCAAGGAAAAAAGGAAAGCCGAACCGGGACGCUUUGUUUUCCGUCUUAUAGCUUCUGUUGUCGUACACACGGCUCACCUCUGGACGUGUGGGGCACUUCCAAGCCGUUAGCAUUUCAUUUUAUCAUUUUUUUUUUUAUUCCCGUACGACAUACGUGCCGCUUUGAAGGGAAGCGCUGCAGCAUCGCCUCGAAAAAAAAAAGAUCAUAAUAUUAAGGAAGUUGUGGAAGUUGUUUACAUCGAAUUUAGGUGCACAUCAAGGAGAAGCACGAGUAAUUGCAACUUUAUAAAGCUCUUAAAAUUAAUCCCAAUAACAAAAUAUCGUUAU